AUGGCACUUGCAUUACCUGAACUAUUAACGAAAAUUUUUAAAUUCUUAGCUGAAGAUAAGGCAUUAUAUCCCGCCUUGUUCGUUUCUAGACUCUGGUCUAUUUGUUCCGGCCCAAUUUUAUGGCGUCGCAUCGAAUUGAUAGGAAACGGGGAUGCCUUCGGCGAGAAAUAUGAAAUACAACUGAAAACGUUUAUGGGACUAUUGGAUAGAAAAACAAAACCAAUUUAUGCUCCAAGUGUGCGAUAUCUCAAAAUUACACACUACUAUGAACUCUCAAAUCAGGUAAUUGAAAAAAUCAUCAAAAUAUUUCCAAAUAUAAUUCAUCUCGAUUUCAAACGAAGUUGUGGGUUCGAUGAUACAGCAUUAAUCAAGAUUUCUCGGGCAUAUCCUAACCUAAUUCAUCUUAAUGUUUCUAACACUAGAGGGUUAACUGAUAAUUCUAUUAGCAAACUUGCAAAGGCAUGCAAUAAAUUACAAUAUUUGGAAAUUAGUUGGAGUGGAGAUGUCACUGAUAAGUCUAUCUAUAAAAUCGCGAGAUCGUGCUACAGCUUAAAGCAUCUAGGAAUAGGCGGAGGUAAAAGUUGUAUUACUGAUAAAUCUAUAUGUGAAAUUUCACGAUUCAAUCCCAAUAUCCAAUCUUUAAAUUUUAAUAACUGCGAGAAGCUUACCGAUGCCACAAUCCACACUCUUGUAGGUUCAUACCCGGAUCUGAGGGAAUUAGAUCUUAGCGACUGUGAACAAAUAACUGACAUAGGCAUCAGAAAAAUCGCACAAUGUCUUAAUCUGGAACAUCUUGCACUCAAUUCCCUGGGAUUUAUUAAUGAUAAAACGAUAUGUAUUAUUGUGCAAUCAUGUCCAAAUAUUCGUUAUCUCAACCUAGAAUUUUGUUAUGUCACCGAUACGGUAGUAGAAGCAAUAGCACAAUCAUGUCGCAAUAUGGAAUAUCUCAAUAUUUACGGGUCAGAAUCUAUUACUGAUUCAUCUAUUUCUAAAAUAGCCAAAAAAUGUUCUUAUAUUCAAGAACUUGAAUUGGGAUAUUGCGGGCUUAUAACCGAUAUAGCCAUCAAAGAUAUCGCACAUAAUUUAUCCGAUCUAAAAUAUCUUGGUUUAAAAUAUUGCGUAAAUAUUAGCAAAGAGGCAUUAGAUACGCUGAAUCCGGAUUUAGAUAUAGGUGGAUAUUAUACAAUCCCAUCCACUUUAUAA